AUGUCGGAUUCUGAGAGUCUGUUCCACAACCAUCUUCCCCCGCUUUGGGGAAAAACCGGCCCUUCCUCGCAUUUCGGAAAUGAAUGCUGCGCUCAAGCCACUGAGUUGCUUCGAAACCAAAAUGCCCGACUGCGGACUUCCCUUGAACUCGAGAGACGAAUCGUCAUGCGACUGAGACUGGAGCAAAGCAACACGGCUUCCGAAAAAGCCGAGUCCGAGGACUUUUUUCUCAAGUGCUGCGAAGAGGUGAAAAAGGAAAUCCAGAUUCGGAGAACACGAGCGGCCAGCGAGGCAUCAAAAGCGAGGACGACAGACAGAGGAAAAUCGGCGGACAACUUUGCCAGACAACAGAACGCCCGUCUUCCUCGAGAUUUGACCCUCCAGGAUUUUCUCAAGACUGACAGACGCCGGCUUCUUGAGUUGAUUAUUUCCAACGACGAAAUUCUCGCGCAACUGCACACGAUUCUCUUUCCGUAUCGAACUGCGGGAAGAGCUCCUUUGCAACCCGGUGCACAAGAAGGAUAAACGGCGGGAGAAGCAGGAAGACGAGGAACAUAGAGAGCUUCGAGGAGCAGCACGGCGUGGAAAUGCCGUAGGGAAAAAG